AUGUGGUGCCUCGUGAGAGGAAUGCUCGCACUGAUCUGCUACGCGCGUGCUGACGUACAGCUCCUGCAGCUAGUAGCACAGGGAUCGCAGGACGGCGGUGCUGGGCCCGAGUCGGAUCAGGAUUGCCACACGUCAGUCGAGGGCGACGAGUGCUAUGAGAAAGUGGUGUGGGCGAUGCGGACGGGCGUCGGUGAUCACCCAGAGUGGUACGCCCCUCUGACGGGGAACUCGAGCUUCGAGGACUUCCAGCGUUUUCUGCACAGCAUGGCCAGGUUAUCCAACGUGUGCCCUGAGCCGUGUGCUGAUCAGGAUUCGGGAGCCCGGCUGCCUGCUCGGCUUCCCGCAGGCGCAGAGGACGACUGCCACACGUCAGUCGAGGGCGACGAGUGCUAUGAGAAAGUGGCGUGGGCGAUGCGGACGGGCGUCGGUGAUCACCCAGAGUGGUACGCCCCUCUGACGGGGAACUCGAGCUUCGAGGACUUCCAGCGUCUUUUGCACAGCACGGCCAGGCUAUCCAACGUGUGCCCUGUGCCAUGUACGCUGGAGACUUCCGCAGGACACUGUCGCACCUCAGUGCAAGGCGACGCAUGUUACGAAAAGGUGGUGCGGGCGAUGCAGAUUGGCGUCGUGGAUCACCCAGAUUGGUAUGCUCCUUUGACAGCACGUUCUAGCUUCAAGCAGUUCCAGCAAUUCCUGCACGGUGUUGAUUCGCUCUCCCACGUGUGCCCUGAACCUUGUGCAUCACAAGCUGGUGAAACGGACUGCCACACGUCAGUCGAGGGCGACGCGUGCCACGAGAAAGUGGUUUGGGCGAUGCAAUUUGGCUUCCAACAGCACCCGGAGUGGUACGCCCCACUGGCUUGGAAUUCGAGUUUCGAGGACUUCCAGCGACUUCUGCACAGCACGGCCAGGCUCUCCCUCGUGUGCCCUGAGCCGUGUGCUGAGCAGGAUUCGGGAACCCAGCUGCCUGCUCGGCUUCCCGCAGGCGCAGAGGAAUGCCAUACGUCGGUCGAGGGUGACGAUUGCUAUGAGAAAGUGAAGUGGGCGAUGCAUACUGGCAUCAUGAAAGUUCCAGAGUGGUACGUUCCUUUGACCAGACACUCCAGUUUCGAAGAUUUCCAACAACUGCUCCACGAUACACCAAGGCUCUCGCGCACGUGCCCGAGACCAUGCCUUCCAUUGACGGCACCAGAGCGGCUUGGAACUCCAAUGCCGACGGAAAUACAUUUUGACGAAUUGUUCAAUUCAACAUACCCUGGAUUUGCGCAAGUGGCCACAAACUGCAUGUGCGGGAACAGUAUGUUCGGCGGCCAGUUGAACGAUGAGUUUACAACUCUCGAGCGAUGUGCAGAGGAGUGUAGAUAUCGCCCAACCUGCCUUGCUUUCGGCCUUCAUCCCUGGCAGUCGAUCUGGAACGGUCAUUGUGAUCUUUUCGAUGUCGCUUGCAACUACACAGAUGGACAUGCUGCUGGCACCACCUGCUCAGAUCCACUUCCAGAUGGGGCUCUCAACGUCGUCUUCAACAAGAUACCAACUCCACAACCCACUGCGUCACCCACGCCUGCUGCGCUGGUUGACCCUUGUGAUGUCACCGAUGGAUCGUCUCCCAGUCAGGUCUACCCGUGCUCUUGUGGCACCGAAACGUGCUUCAGCAGCGAAAUUUGCUCGAGAGAUCGCUCUGGAGAGCUUCGUGCGCGCCGCCGCAGCACCUGA